AAACUUGUGGCUUUUGUCACUCUAGCUAUAAAGUAUAAACAGCUGUUGUGCCUUUAAAAUCUGUGUAUCAAAGACACUGUUAAUUUUACAAUGCUUUCCGCAAAAUCUGAAUCUGAUAUUGCUAGUUUAGCUCCAUCAUCACCUUCAAGGUCUCCAAAACGUCCUGUGUAUUAUGUACAAAGCCCUUCAAGGGACUCGCAUGAUGGAGACAAGUUAUCUUCAAUGCAACCGAGUCCAAUGGAAUCACCUUCACACCCUUCUUCUGGUCGCCACUCAAGGAACUCGUCGGCUAGUAGGUUUUCAGGGAUAUUUAGGUCCUCUUCAGGGAAGAAAAGUAGUAGCAGGAAAGGAAAUGAUGAUAAAGAAUGGAAUGAUAAAGGGUGGCCUGAAUGUAAUGUGAUCAUGGAAGAAGGGAACUAUGAUGAUGAGGAUAAAGCGUUUACCAGGAGGUCUCAGGCCUUGAUUGCUCUGUUAAGUUUUGUGUUUUUGUUUACCGUUUUUUGCUUGAUCAUAUGGGGUGCUAGCAGGCCUUACAAAGCAGAGAUUAUGGUCAAGAGCUUGGCAGUCAAUAAUUUUUAUGUUGGAGAAGGUUCCGACUCCUCUGGUGUUCCUACGAAGAUGCUUACAUUGAAUGGUUCAUUGAGAAUGGGUGUUUAUAACCCUGCUACAUUAUUUGGCAUUCAGGUCAGCUCCACACCGAUCAAUCUUGUAUACUCAGAGAUCCCUGUUGCAACUGGCCAGUUGAAGAAAUACUAUCAGCCUAGAAAGAGUCGCAGAACUGUAUCAAUGAUCGUUGAAGGAAAUAAGGUUCCCCUGUAUGGAGCUGGAUCAAGCCUGACAGUUGCGCAAACUGGUAUUGUAAUUCCAUUGACACUGAAAUUUGAAAUCCUGUCACGAGGCAAUGUGGUAGGAAAGCUGGUCAGGACAAAGCAUCGAAGACAAAUCUCCUGCCCCUUGGUCAUUGAUUCUAGCAGCCCUAAACCUAUUAAGUUCAAGAAAAAUACUUGCACCUAUGAUUGAGAUCCUUCUGGUUGCUGUAAAAUAUGACCGAUAUUGCCUUCAUGGCAUCACUCUAUAUGAAUACAGCAUCUUGAGUUGCUGUGCUUCCAUGAAUUUCAUUUUAAUGAAGAGAGAAGAAAUCAAUUCACAUGAAA